GCCCGGGCAGACGCGGUUGUGUGCGAGGCAAUAUUGAUUUAUCGUCAACGCCUCUGUACUAAACAAAUGUAAUACGACGCGAAGCACUUAAAAUGUCCUCUUCAAUACUGCCAUGAAUAAACACCGUGCAAAUACAUCGAUCCGGUUACAUAAAUGCUAAUAAAAGUGAUAAAUAUACGUUCAAAAUCCCGGACUACUUCUAGGAUCUGAUUAGAGUGAGAGAGGUGCACGGAAAAAGGAUAGGUUGAUGAACGGCGCCCACCCGAUGUUUUAAUAAAUUGAUAAUUUAAAAAAAAUGCUACCGAACGAUACUUUCCCUCUUUAAAAUUAAAAGCUUAAAGAAUGUGACAAAUCAGUGAUUUCUAAUUGUUCUUUGACUGCUUGCCCCUGUUUAUAUAUUCUGAUUCCUGCCUUUUAGCCAUCCAUGUAACAUUCAUAAUACAAAUGAAGUAAUCUCCCGCCAAAAAUCUAUGGCCUCGAACUGUCAAAUUGAAGUGUUAAUACAACGCGCCAAAAUAUUAACACAGAUUAAAAAUAAGCGUCAGUGAUAAAUGUGGAUUAGAAAUAGUGUUGUUAUAUAAUGUUGUGAUUAAUAGUGUUGCGCUAAAAAUAAUAAGUUACGAUGGCCACUCCUCCGGAAUCACCAGUCGAAGAACAUGCGUACGAACUAGAACCUAGCAGGACGCCGAAACCGAUACCCGUUGCAUUGGAAGAGUUAUGCAGACAGACAAAAUUUUCAAAACAAGAAAUCAGAGUUAUGUAUAGAGGUUUUAAAACGGAGUGUCCAGAAGGUGUGGUUCACGAAGAGUCAUUCAAAGACAUUUAUGCCAAAUUCUUUCCACAUGGAAAUUCAGCACUGUACGCGCACUAUGUCUUCAAAGCGUUCGAUGUUAACUGCAGCGGGGCAAUCAGCUUUAGAGAGCUUCUCGUUACACUAUCCACUCUGCUCCGAGGUUCAGUAUACGAGCGUCUACGCUGGGCGUUCAGGCUUUACGACGUGGACGGUGACGGGGCGAUCACACGACAGGAACUGGCUGAAGUUGUGGUGGCCGUGCACGAGCUGUUGGGCAGACGUGCACCGCCUGGAUCACCUGCUGCCAGACUGGAUGAUGCUAAAGCUAAUGAACAGGUGGACAGGGUGUUCAGGAAGCUGGACCUGAACCAGGACGGCGUGAUCACAAUCGAGGAGUUCCUGGAGUCGUGCCUCAAGGAUGACGUCAUCACGCGCUCACUGCAGAUGUUUGACACGGGGCUAUGACGCCAGACCGACCCAGCGCACACGCGCGUUUCU